UCCACCUUUAAGUCCAGCCCCCAUUCUCUCUCGUCAGCUCAAGGGCUGGUUCCUGCUCCAUUACUGAGAAUGAAAGCCGGGUUCCGGGGCCGCUCUGGGAGCAAUGGUGUUGGGUAAGCGGGACUCUAGGCUGACCUCCUGCCAGAGCCUGGCUUGCGGGGCGCUGGCAGGGUUGCUCAGCCGCUCUCUCACCUGCCCGCUGGAUGUGGUCAAGGUCCUGAGUCAAGUGGGGACUUUUCACAGCAAGAAGGGCUUUCUACGGACGUUCCGGAUCGUUUUGGAGGCCGAGGGGCUGCGGGCCCUGUGGAAGGGAAACGGUAUCGCGUGUGUACGGCUUUUCCCCCACAGCACCGUGCAACUUUCAGCUUACAAUAGGUUUGUCAGCUUCUUCAUGGAUGACUUUGGUCACAUCUCCCACUGUCGUGCCAUUGUAGCAGGGAGUCUUGCUGGGAUUGUAGCUGCUGUCUUGACCUACCCAGCAGAGCUGAUCGAGACACGUCUAAUUGUCCAGAACAGCACAGCUCCCAUCUACAGAGGAAUCAUCCAUACUUUCCUCACGGUCUACACCAAGGAGGGAUUCCUAGCACUUUACCGUGGGGCUUCAUUGACAGUACUAGGGUCAGUGCCAUUUUCUGCUGGUUCCUUUUUGGUCUAUAUCAACCUGGAUAAACUCUGGAAUAAGCCCAGUGUGAAACUCACUCCUCUGCAGAAUUUUGGCAAUGGCUGUCUGGCAGCCGGUGUCGCCCAAACAUUCUCCUUCCCUUUUGAAACUGUAAAAAGAAAAAUGCAGGCACAGAGUCCCCUGCUCCCUCACUACGGGGGGGUGGAUGUACACUUUACUGGUGUUGUAGACUGUUUCAAGCAGAUUGUGAAGACAAAAGGUGCCCUGAGCUUGUGGAAUGGUCUGACAGCGAACCUGGUGAAGAUUGUUCCGUACUACGGUCUGAUGUUCAGCACCUUUGAGUUCUGCAAGCGGGUUUGUCUGUACAAGAAUGGCUACAUCGUGUCUCCCCUGAGCUAUCAGCUCAGCCCAGGUGUGGACCAGAGCCUGGGGGCUGAGGAGCUGUGGGAGCUAAGGAGGUUGAUCAGGGAAAAGAGUUUCAAGACUAACCAAUCCACACUAGGUACCAAAUGGUGGGGUUGAGGCAACAGGCUGUCCUGACCUGUGACAGGACGUUUGUUCAUCUUGAGCACUGACUUCACCUCCUUGCUCCAAAGAACCUUUUUUUUCCCUUCAAAACCUACAUACUACUCCUGUUCACAUCACACUCAGUUAGCGCGUAAGUUGCCUCAUGCAAUAACCAAGAUGGCAUCAGUUACUGAACUAACUGAGGUCCAUAUUGAAUGAAUGGGCCAGCCUGACAAUAAUACGUAGCCCUCAAACUUCAGUGGACUUAUCUAACUUUUUUUUUGACAGUUUGUUGCCAUUUUUACUUCAUUUUUCUCAAGAUAACGUUGCGCCUGUGGAUAUUGUCUGCACCCAUGAAUCAGUAGCUGGUCAUAAUAAACAGUGUGAGAGUAUUGAAGGUGCCUGCAUCAGAACAGAUGUGAAGUGUCAAGUGAACUUAAAGUUCUGCCAGUCAACCAAGAAGACUUGCAUUUUACAUUGUGCCUUUUUUAGAUUUGGGGAAAAAUGCUGUUUUGUAGGAAAUGGAUAUCAAACCAAAGAGAGUCGAAGGUGUGACUUUAGUACAUGCUGGACAUGCACAGUCCAGUGUAAUUGUAGUACAAUCUCCCAUUUUCGGGGUGUAUUGGAGUGUCAACUCCUGUUUCACUGUCCUGUUGUUUACAAAUGAGCUUGAUGUUAAAACGUGGAAAAUAAAAUCUUUAGGAGCCAAGAUGUACACGAAGAGAAACUGAAAUCAGUGUUGGUAGACCAUCAUCUUCAGUGUCUCUGGUCAGCAAGUGUUCCACAUUGCUUCAGACUUCGCUCAGGCAAGGUCACAAUUUUGUUUGGGGACAAAAAUGGAAGAAUUUCAUUUUAAAUCUGUAAAGUCCUCUUGACCAAGUGUUGAUACCAGCCAAUAUGACUGAAUAAUCCCAUUGGGUCACAUCCCAAGCAGGAUAUUGCACAAAUUUGAUUAACUAAUUUGGUCCCCCAGGCCUCACUCCCAUCUGUAGCAAAGGAAUGUAUUAUCAUAACUUUAUUUGAAAAAGCACCCUGUGCAGUCCAUGUGAUCUGCCAGUUUCACAAGUUUUGAGCAAUAACAGAAUUAUGCACUGUGAUAACUUUAGAAUCUACAUGUAUUAAUGGAUUUUUUUUUAAAGUCAGCUAUGUCAACCUCUAUCUUGAAUAUCCUUUCGAGGCUAAAGGUAGAACUUCUUUUUGAGUUUAUGUCUACUACAUGUAAUAAACAUUUACUCACAAUGUUUAA